UCGGCAGGUAUUUUCCAACGAAUUAAUCAGAGGAGAGAAUCCGGGAGUGUGACUUGUUGAAAGGUAAAAGUACCCAACUCAAAUCAAUGGGGAAAUUUCAAACAGACUGGAGCAGAGAACAUGAACACCUUACCCUUCCUUUCUUCACAUCUCCUUUUUCGGUGUUCGUCUGAUCAUCUCUCUCAUCUCCUUUGUCCUUUCUUCAUGGCCAUUCGAUCCAUCUCUACCCAACAAACACUUUGUGUCGUUAACAAUCCGACCUUAUCUCCACCUGAAUUAUCUUCAGGUGGUUACCACUCUAUCCAUAUUGAAUUCAAGUUUCAAAUUUCAAUUAAAACUGUAAUCUGUUCAAACAAACGUUUGUAUUAUCUGCUCUAUAAAUACAGACCAAUAGAAACAUCUUCAGAUCUAUAUAAACCCCACAUCAACACCACCACCUCCUAUCCAAACCAAUAGAAGCUUCUCUCUAUUUCUCAUAUUCUAGCUUGCUUUUAAAUUAGUGGGUGUUUUUGGAAAUGGUGUUUUUUUAAUUAUAGAAAGCGCAACUGCUGUGGUUUUGGUACACUACAUUGCAAAAGUAAUAUAGGUGUCUUUUUCUUUUUUCUUUUUUUCUUUUUCAUCUGGUUUUGGAUUGAUCAAACAUGUUGGGUAGGAGGGCAUUUUACAUCUUCCUUUUCUUAGUUUUCUUUGCAUUCCAUGGUGGAAAUUGGGUCAGAGCUGGUGGCAGUUUCGUGACAACCAGCGGCACCCAUUUUGUGAUGAAUGGGAGGCCUUUUUAUUUGAAUGGUUUUAAUGCAUACUGGCUCAUGUACAUGGCAUCUGACCCAUCUGAGAGGGGGAAAGUUACAUCUGCCUUCCAGGAAGCUUCAGCCCAUGGAAUGACUCUGGCAAGAACUUGGGCCUUUAGUGAUGGUGGUUACAGGCCCUUGCAGUAUAAGCCUGGCUUUUACAAUGAAGACAUGUUCAAGGGUCUUGAUUUUGUAAUUUCUGAGGCUAGAAAGUAUGGUGUUUAUCUGAUACUGAGCUUGGUAAAUAACUUUGACGACUUUGGGGGAAGAAAACAAUAUGUUCAAUGGGCAAGAGAGCAAGGACAAUACUUGAGUUCUGAUGAUGAUUUUUAUAGGAACGCUGUUGUUAAAGGCUACUAUAAGAACCAUAUCAAGACUAUUCUUACAAGAGUCAACUCGGUAACAGGAGUAGCUUACAAGGAUGAUCCCACCAUUUUUUCAUGGGAACUCAUGAACGAACCUCGCUGCCAAAGCGAUCUCUCUGGAAAUACUAUCCAGGAUUGGAUCAAAGAAAUGGCAGCUUAUGUUAAAUCAAUAGACAGUAAUCAUCUAUUGGAGGUGGGGAUGGAAGGAUUCUAUGGCGAAUCGAUGCCCGACAGGAAGCAAUUUAAUCCUGGUAAUUACCUAUUCGGAACGGAUUUCAUCUCAAAUAACCAGAUUCCAGGAAUCGACUUUGCGACGAUUCAUGCCUACCCAGAUCAAUGGAUACCAAACUCGAACGAGCAGGCCCAAUUUGAUUUUCUUCAAAGCUGGCUACAAGCCCACUUCCAAGAUGCGAAUACGGUCCUUAGAAAACCAAUCCUCUUUACAGAAUUUGGCAAGUCUUCUCAGAUUCCAGGAUAUACGACAAGCGUAAGGGACAACUUCCUGGGGAUUGUAUAUAAUAUUGUCUAUGCCUCAGCAAGUAGUGGUGGCCCAUGUGGUGGUGGGCUUUUUUGGCAGCUAUUCGCCCAAGGGAUGGAUAACUUCAGAGAUGGGUAUGAAGUUAUCAUGGCUGAAUGCCCCUCAACAGCAAAUAUCGUUGCUCAACAGUCACACAAAAUAUCAGCCCUUAAUUAAUAUGGUAGAUUUUGGGGGUAGCCCUUAAUUAUAAAAGGUGUAAAUUUCCUAUAACAUGGCAUACAUUGCUGUUGUUGUUAGAGGAAAAAAAGUUUCUUUGGUGGUUCUUCUUAGAGAGGGGUUGUAUUCGUUCAUUGAUACCAUUUUUUAGAAUGU